AUGCCGCCGCUCCAAACCGGGGAAUCGAUCCCAGACCGCAUCAAGGCCAGGGACGGGAUCCCCAAGGCGCCCCCGGCGUACCUGCCCGUCGCCGGAUCGCCACUGUCCGUCGACAAGGAGGCAUACGCAACCAUCCAGAGGGCCGCCCGGGUGCUGAUUGACGAGUUCACGCUCCCCAUCCGAUCGGGCAGAGCGUGGGAGGCGCCCGCCGGCUCCAUCGUCAGAAUCAGCACGCCCGAGGGACCCCAGGUCGGCGACCUCAACGUGUGGAACCGCGACAACCCGCGCGAGCGCUUCUGGGCAAGCCGCACGAGGCAGCUGCACGCGUCGCACGUGAGCACCCACGACCGCCUCUGGUCCGUGCUGCCGUACAUGCGGCCGCUCGCGACCAUCAUCCACGACAGCCUCGACUGGUACGGCGUCGAUCCGCACGGCGGCCGGGUCCACGACCUGCUGGGCACGCGGUGCGACCCCUACAUCAACACCGUCCUGGCCGGCGAGCAGUACGACUUCCACUGCCACUCCAACCUGACGCGGGCCGUCAUGCCCUUUGGCCUCGACGAGUCGCACGUCCACGACGUCAUCAACAUCUUUCAGGCCACCGGUCUCGACGACCAAGGCCGCUACUUUAUGAACCCGAGUCCUGCCCGGCCCGGCGACAGCAUCGAGUUCUUGGCCGAGCAGAACCUCCUCAUGGCCCUGAGUGUACGCAUCUCUCCAGCCGCACUCUGCAACACAGUCGGGAUGCUUUCAUCUCCUUCUGUUCCCUUGCUCACCAGCGUGCCAGGUACCUGUCCUGGCGGCGACCUCUCGGCCUGGGGGUUUGGCAGCGACAACGAAAAGGAAAUGGUCAAGUGCUGCCGCCCGCUCAAGGUGCAGGUUUACCGGCUCGAGGACGGGGAGCUUCUGAACAAGUGCGGCUGGAAGCCAGCCGAGGUGUCCAAGUAUCGUGGUAUGCACGGCAUCUCGUCCCCAGAGGGCGAUAAGGCGGCUCAAGACGGCAAUGGGUCACGGACAAGCACUUAG